AAUGAGGCCUCAGUCAGUGCAGUGUGAGUCCUCGGUGUAGCAAGAAGUACGGUUACGUGGUGUGAGUGAAGUUAAAAUACCGAGGAAAUAUUAUCGUAUCUUCAAGAGCAGAGACGCCACUUAGAGAGACAAGCAUCAUGACUACAGGGAAAGCGACGAAGAUUCUGGUGGUUGUGGCGGCGGUGGUGGCGACGGUAAUGGGACACACCCUUCACCUUGGUCGGACCUGCCCCGAGGUGAUGCCCUUCCCCAACCUGUCAGUCGAUAAGGUACUGGGGUCCUGGUACGUGCUUCACAAGUUCGACACGGACAACACGUGCCUGAUGUGGAACAUGACACAUGGGCCGCUGCCGGACACACUGCUGGUGAAGGAGAUCCGCCAGCUGGCUGUCUUGGAUACUCUGGGCGUGGAUCACACUCAUGCCAUCACCGCCAGAGUGGACAUCCCCAACCCUGAGGUGCCCGGCAAGAUGCGCAUCAGAUGGCCUACUUCAGCCUUGACGGGUUCAGCAGACUUCAUUGUGUUCGACACUGACUACGAGACCUACAUGGCCGUGUUCGAAUGUGACCGUGCGGGUUUUCUUCACCGCCGCUCCGUUGCCAUCCUCUCCCGCGCACGAAACAUCGACGUCAUGUUCGUCAACAGGGUGCGACGCCUCCUGGACGCCGCAGGUGUGAGCCACUCUGCCCUGGAAUCCAUCGACCACGACCUUUGCAAGACCAAGGGCAAGAACAACUGGCACGUCGACGAGGAGCUGUUCGGUCUGCUCCCAGGAGUAACGGAGGAGGAGGUGCGGCGAAGGGUAUCUGAGGACGUUGAGAACUAUGACAUCUCUCAGAUUGAGAUAAUAGGAGAUGGUGUGAUACCUGAGGGUGACUUCAGGGGCAGCAUUAUACGUGGCAUCCCCGGGAAUAGUGGUAUCAAGAGCAAGCCUCAUGUGUGAAUUGCUCCUGAGCCGCCCUACACGGUCAACAGUCAACACACUGCCUGACAACUCAUGCACACACCACGUGGUCAUGUUACUCAAAACUUAAUACAGUAUCCCAAAAUAUGUAAAUUAUGUAUGAUUGCAGGCUGUAUUGUAUUGUGAGAAAUUAAUUAUUCGAUAUAAUUAUCAGCAACAAGAAUUCAUUACACAGCACACCAGUUGCUGUCCAGGGUAAGAAAAGAAAAGGCUAAAGGCUUUAAUUUCUGUGCUGAUGAGAAGUAUUCUUACUCCUAGAUAAGAAAACACUGAAUUAAAAUGAAUGAGAAGAAUUGCUAAUCUUACAUGGAUGAUUAGAUAAGGAUACUUUAUCAAGGCCCUAGCAAGGGAACAGCCAGUACUCAGGGACAAAAUAGUGUGUUACUGACUGCCUUAGUAACUAGCUGUGGAGUUAUUGUAAGUGGGAAGAAGUGUACAUGUCAAAAAGUAAUACAUAAUGAGUGUUACUUUAUGGUAUUAUGAAUGUGUGCUCAUUAAUGCAACUGAGACUUAUGUGAAGGAAGCUACAGUGGUGAAGGAAUACUUUGCAUAGGUACCCAUAACCAUUACAUAGGAGAGGAUGUUUUGUUGAAAUUAAUAAAUGACUGAAAUUA